ACGGGUGUCUCCACGUGAGAGUAUCAACAGCAUGAUGGCUGGCAUGUGAAGUCAUCGCUGGUGUUUUGUGAAGCUUGAAUAAUCAGUGUGUGUAUGUUUGAAGGGGUAAGACAAUGGCGACAGUACGCAAGAAGGUAGAUAACCGGAUUCGUGUCCAGAUUGAGAAUGGAGUCGCUCUGCAGCACAGGACCAUGUUUGUGGUGGUGGGAGACCGUGGAAGAGAUCAGGUUGUCAUUCUGCAUCACAUGUUGUCUAAAGCUACAGUCAGAGCACGACCCUCUGUGCUCUGGUGUUACAAGAAGGACUUGGGAUUCAGCAGCAAUCGUAAGAAGCGCAUGAGGCAGCUGCAGAAGAAGAUCAAAACUGGCACAUUGAAUCUGAAUCAGGACGAUCCUUUUGAACUCUUCAUCGCUGCUACCAACAUCCGUUAUUGUUAUUACAACGAGACACACAAGAUCCUGGGAAACACCUACGGCAUGUGCGUCUUACAGGAUUUUGAAGCUCUCACUCCCAAUCUCUUAGCGAGAACAGUUGAGACUGUAGAAGGAGGCGGUAUUGUGGUGUUACUGCUGAGGACAAUGAACUCUCUGAAGCAGCUGUACACAAUGACUAUGGAUGUCCACUCUCGGUACAGAACUGAGGCUCAUCAGGAUGUGGUAGGAAGGUUUAAUGAGAGGUUCAUUCUGUCUCUUGCAUCCUGCAAAAACUGUGUUGUUAUUGACGACCAGCUUAACAUCUUGCCAAUCUCCAGCCACAUGGCAAACAUAAAGCCGGUCCCUCCUAAGACUCAGGAGGACGGUUUGUCUCCACGAGAACAGGAGCUGAAGGAUCUGAAGGAGUCCCUUCAGGACACCCAGCCUGUGGGUGUGUUGGUGGACUGCUGCAAGACCAUGGACCAGGCUAAAGGAGUUCUGAAGUUCAUCGAGGCGAUCUCAGAAAAGACUCUGAGGAGCACCGUGGCUCUGACUGCUGCCCGAGGUCGAGGGAAGUCUGCAGCGCUGGGUCUGGCUGUGGCUGGAGCUGUGGCUUUUGGGUACUCCAACAUUUUUGUAACCUCUCCAAGCCCGGACAACCUCCACACCAUGUUUGAGUUCAUCUUCAAAGGCUUUGAUGCUCUGCAGUAUCAGGAGCACCUGGACUAUGAAAUCAUCCAGUCUUUGAAUCCAGAGUUUAACAAAGCUGUGGUGAGGGUGAAUGUCUUCAAAGAGCACCGGCAGACAAUUCAGUACAUCCACCCUGGUGACGCGGUGAAGCUUGGUCAGGCGGAGCUGUUGGUCAUCGAUGAGGCUGCAGCCAUCCCUCUGCCUCUGGUGAAGAACCUGCUGGGCCCUUAUCUGGUCUUCAUGGCCUCCACCAUCAACGGGUAUGAAGGCACGGGGCGCUCCCUCUCCCUCAAACUGAUCCAGCAGCUGCGACAGCAGAGUGCAGACAGUCAGCAGAGCACGUCAGCAGAGAAUCGGACCACCAACACAGCAAGGCUGGCAGCAGCUCGCUCUCUCCAUGAGGUGUCCCUCCAUGAGUCCAUCCGCUACGCUCCGGGGGAUGCUGUAGAAAAAUGGCUGAACGAUCUUCUCUGUCUGGACUGUCUUAACAUCCCCAGACUCAUUUCUGGAUGCCCACUCCCACAGACCUGUGACCUAUAUUAUGUGAACAGGGACACACUCUUCUGUUAUCACAAAGCAUCUGAAGCUUUCCUGCAGAGGCUGAUGGCCCUCUAUGUGGCAUCUCACUACAAGAAUUCACCCAACGAUCUACAGAUGUUGUCUGAUGCUCCCGCUCAUCACCUCUUCUGCCUGUUGCCACCAGUCCCUCCCACACAGAACUCUCUGCCUGAGGUGCUCGCUGUGGUGCAGGUGUGUCUUGAGGGUGAAAUUUCUCGUCAGUCCAUCCUGAACAGUCUGUCCCGAGGAAAGAAGGCCUCUGGUGACCUCAUCCCCUGGACGGUGUCAGAACAGUUCCAAGACUCAGAGUUUGGCAGCCUCUCAGGAGGCAGAGUGGUAAGAAUCGCUGUCAAUCCAGACUAUCAAGGGAUGGGCUACGGCUCCAGAGCUCUUCAGCUGCUGCAGAUGUAUUAUGAGGGCAAGUUUCCCACCAUGGACGAGAGCACACACUCGAAUAACAAUGAGCUCACCUCAGUCAGCAAUGAGGCUGUGGGUCUGCUGGAGGAGGUGGUCACUCCUCGGAAGGAGCUCCCUCCUCUGCUGCUGAAGCUGAGUGAGAGGAGAGCAGAGAGACUCGACUAUCUGGGGGUGUCUUACGGACUGACUGCACAGCUGCUCAAGUUCUGGAAGAAAGCAGGUUACACUCCCGUCUACUUAAGGCAAACCCCUAAUGACCUGACAGGAGAGCAUUCAUGUGUGAUGCUGAAGGAGCUGAACACAGAGGAAACGCCAGAGCAGAGCCAGUGGCUGUCUGCCUUCUGGAAAGAUUUCCGCCGGCGCUUCCUGUCUCUCCUCUCCUACCAGUUCAGCAGUUUCUCUCCGAGCCUGGCUCUCAGCAUCCUGCAGAAUAAGAAGUCCAAGCAGGACACGAAAACGCUCAGUAGCUCUGAGCUGGCCAUCCAUUUCAGCCCUUACGACCUCAAACGUCUGGAGCUGUACUCGAGGAGUAUGGUGGACUACCACCUGAUCAUGGACUUGGUCCCAGCAGUGGCACGCUUGUAUUUCCUCAGGCAGCUUGGUGAUGUGUCUCUCUCAGCAGCGCAGUGUGCAUUACUGCUGGGUGUAGGGUUGCAGCACAAAUCAGUGGACCAGCUAGAAAAGGAGAUUGAACUCCCAAGCUCACAGCUUAUGGGUCUCUUCAACCGUCUGAUCCGCAAAUUUGUGCAAGUUUUUACCAGCAUCCAAGAAAAAGCUAUUGAGGCAGAGAUGGCUGCCACGAAAGAUGUUUCCAUGGAGCCAACUGUCAAAAGCCUCAGUGAUGAUCUGAAUGAAGCUGCAAAGGAGUUUGAAGAGAGACACAAGCAGGAUGUGGAGAAGGUGAAAGAAAUGGACCUGGAAGAGUACAGGAUUCGUGGUAAUGACGAGGAAUGGGACCAAGUGUUGAAGAAAGCUGGAAACACAGCGAUCGUCAGCAUCAAGAGUGACAAGAAGAGAAAGUGGGAAGGGGGGAAUGCCAACCAAAGCAAUGGGACUGCUCAACACGGGAAGCUCAAAAAGAAGGAAAUGCAGCAUGGAAAGUUCAAGAAGAGUAAAGACAAGUACGGGAAAUUUGGGAAGAAAAUGUGACAGUAACAGAUGACUUGCAUUGGCUGGACUGUGUCGAUUCAAAGCAGCAUCAACGUGAAAGCUGUGGAUAUCUUUGAUAGACUUAAAGGAAGAACCAUGAGGACUGGCUUUUUCCUGAGAUUUUCCUUUCAAACUCUCCUCAAAUACAACAACUUUUUUUUACAAAGUCUGUUUCUUUGAUUAAUGUUGGUUACAAUACCACAGAUAUUGUAUAUGAGAGGAAAAUAACACAUUUUUUUCACUGAAUAAGCAUCCUUUACUUUCAAGUAACGUUAUCCCAUCUUAGACAACCAUUCAAAUUUGAAGUUAGAGUUUCUACAAAGACUUGUCAUAAGUUAAUAAAAAUGUAU